AAUUUUAAAUUGAUUUUUUGGCGUUUCUGUUACACACAAGUCCAUAAAACUGAUUGUGGAAUCGGCCGUGCACUAAAAUGAAAUGGCACAGCUUAAAGGACAUUUGUUACUUGUGUUUUUAAUAGUGGUGUCCGUUCAGAUAAGUUACACUAAAGGUUUUGGUUUUCCCGGACGUUUUGUUGAACAAGUACGAGGGAGAGGACCAGGACCAAUACUAGAUAACAAAGAUGCAAUAAUAGAUAGGCAAAAAGACAGAUGGCCGCAGAAUAGAGCCCUAGUUAGAGGAGACAGAGUACCAGGAGCAAUACUAGACAACAAAGAUGCAAUAAUAGAUCGGCAAAAAAAUAAGUGGCCGCAGAAUAGAGCCCAAGUUACAGGAGACAGAUUACCAGGAGCAAUACUAGACAACAAAGAUGCAAUAAUAGAUAGGCAAAAAAAUAGGUGGCCGCAGAAUAGAGCCCAAGUUACAGGAGACAGAGGACCAGGACCAAUACUAGAUAACAAAGAUGCAAUAAUAGAUAGGCAAAAAAAUAGGUGGCCUCAGAAUAGAGCCCAAGUUACAGGAGACAGAUUACCAGGAGCAAUACUAGACAACAAAGAUGCAAUAAUAGAUCGGCAAAAAAAUAAGUGGCCGCAGAAUAGAGCCCAAGUUACAGGAGACAGAUUACCAGGAGCAAUACUAGGCAACAAAGAUGCAAUAAUAGAUAGGCAAAAAAAUAGGUGGCCGCAGAAUAGAGCCCAAGUUACAGGAGACAGAGGACCAGGACCAAUACUAGAUAACAAAGAUGCAAUAAUAGAUAGUCAAAAAAAUAGGCGGCCGCAGAAUAGAGCCCAAGUUACAGGAGACAGAGGACCAGGACCAAUACUAGAUAACAAAGAUGCAAUAAUAGAUAGGCAAAAAAAUAGGUGGCCGCAGAAUAGAGCCCAAGUUAGAGGAGACAGAGGACCAGGACCAAUACUAGAUAACAAAGAUGCAAUAAUAGAUAGUCAAAAAAAUAGGCGGCCGCUGAAUAGAGCCCAAGUUACAGGAGACAGAGGACCAGGACCAAUACUAGAUAACAAAGAUGCAAUAAUAGAUAGUCAAAAAAAUAGGCGACCUCAGAAUAGAGCUCAAGUUACAGGGGACAGGGGACCAGGACCAAUACUAGAUAACAAAGAUGCAAUAAUAGAUAGUCAAAAAAAUAGGCGACCGCAGAAUAGAGCUCAAGUUACUGGAAACAGAGGACCAGGACCAAUACUAGAUAACACAGAUGCAAUAAUAGAUAGGCAAAAAAAUAGGUGGCCGCAGAAUAGAGCCCAAGUUACAGGAGACAGAGGACCAGGACCAAUACUAGAUAACAAAGAUGCAAUAAUAGAUAGGCAAAAAAAUAGGUGGCCGCAGAAUAGAGCCCAAGUUACAGGAGACAGAGGACCAGGACCAAUACUAGAUAACAAAGAUGCAAUAAUAGAUAGUCAAAAAAAUAGGCGACCGCAGAAUAGAGCUCAAGUUACUGGAAACAGAGGACCAGGACCAAUACUAGAUAACACAGAUGCAAUAAUAGAUAGGCAAAAAAAUAGGUGGCCGCAGAAUAGAGCCCAAGUUACAGAAGACAGAGGACCAGGACCAAUACUAGAUAACAAAGAUGCAAUAAUAGAUAGGCAAAAAAAUAGGUGGCCGCAGAAUAGAGCCCAAGUUACAGGAGACAGAGGACCAGGACCAAUACUAGAUAACAAAGAUGCAAUAAUAGAUAGGCAAAAAAAAAUAGGUGGCCGCAGAAUAGAGCCCAAGUUACAGGAGACAGAGGACCAGGACCAAUACUAGAUAACAAAGAUGCAAUAAUAGAUAGUCAAAAAAAUAGGCGGCCGCAGAAUAGAG